CCAAACUGUGAGACGCAGUUUAAGCAAAAUUUUUCCCACACCUGGAACUCCCCAUCUGCUCUGGCCUUCGAUUCUAAGAUCCUUGCAAGCCAUGCUACUCCUAUCAAUGAUUUAGGACAUCCGGUAAGCUCUUCUUCCUCUGACAAUUAUGUUACAAACUCAAAUGAUCAAUUUAUGCUCUCUGAUUGUGUAAAAGAUGAGCGCUGCCGCUACAAGAGUAGUCAGAUUUGCAUUAAUACCGCCAGCCGUAACAUCAACUGUAAUACUAGUAGUGGUGAUGAUGACGACGAUGUGGUAGGCAUCGAUGGCUCUGUGCCAACCGCCCAAAUAGCCAGUCACGAGACUAGCGAUUCGGAUUGCAGUGCCGCCUCGAUAGAUAGCAGCUUGCAUAGCUCAGAAGAAGUCGCCUUGGCUUGCAAAUCCACAAGGAUGGUUUCACAGGUGACUGGAUGGGGAAAUGAUGUAGCGGUGGAAAAGAUCGAUCAGCUGGACACUGUGUUAUUUGAAAAUAAUAAUAGUGACCCAAUCCUUGGCGUCAUCCAAAAGGAACAUGGCUUGAGAAAGUCAAGAGAAGAGACUGAUACUGGAGAGACCAGUUUGCAAGAAGCUAACAAUGCCAAAGCUUCUUGCCAACUUCAUGUUCUAGAUUCAUCAAUUGGGCUGGUAUCGCUACCUAAUCAAAGUACAGAUGAGGCCUCGGAUAGUGGCAUAGCAACAUACUCAUCAGAUGAAAAAAAUGCUAUAGUGACGGGUCCUUCAUUUUCUGAUUUCAUUCGGCCAUACUCGUCAUUGACUCCCUCGACUACUUCCCCAACCUCCGCAUCUACUUCUCCAUCACAGCUCCACUCUUUCUCCACCACAAUUUCGCCUCCAUUUUCCCUCUCCAAUUCGUCUCUAUCUUCCUCUAUGUUAUUGACUGGCGAGACCAAUACUUGCAAGACUGGCCUUUGUCUCUUACCAGAGUCCACGGAACCCGCAGUCUCUCGCCUUCGACAAGCCUCAGGGGCUAGCUCAACCAAAACUGCACUUUCCAGUCUUCAGGUGCCAGCCACUUGA